AAAUUAUAAGAGACGGACACGUCUAAAGAAAAACACGAACGAAAUGUCAGUCAAGUCAGUCAACCGUUUGCUUAAAUUGAUUUAAUUCUGAUUUAUUUAUGAAAUGUUUAGACGUUUAGUCUCGGGAGAGUUAAUUAUUCUACAGUGGAGACAGUCUCAGUCGUCGAAAUGUCUGAGAUUACUGUCGUGCAACUCCGUUAUCGGUUCCGACCGUGGACAGGACCUGUCGAGAGAGGAGCGAACUGUUCCGGCCGAACGGGUUCAUUCCCGACCCGAGAAACAGAAACGGGUGUGUAAAGUCAUAUUGGACCGUUUUGACCAACAGUACGGUCAGGAACUUGGCCCCCUAUGGCCGUCUGCAAGGGCUGUGUUGUUGAACCCUGGAUGCUGGCAGUAUGGAGUGAUGCUCAACCUCCUCUCCUCUCCUCCUGUCUCCUACAGGGCUGUGUUGUUGAACCCUGGGUGCUGGCAGUAUGGAGUCAUGCUCAACCGUUUUGCUGUGGUGUCAGAGGUCAAACAACGCCUCCAAGGGCAAGGCUUCGUCAGCCUACUGCCCCACACAGACCUGCCUCUUAACUCCUCUCUCCCCCAGCCUCACCCUACCUCUCCCACCCAGCCUAGCUCCAUCCCUCACCCUACCUCUCCCACCCAGCCUAGCUCCAUCCCUCACCCCGGCCCUCACCCUACCUCUCCCACCCAGCCUAGCUCCAUCCCUCACCCCGGCCCUCACCCUACCUCUCCCACCCAGCCUAGCUCCAUCCCUCACCCCGGUCCUCCUCCUCCCUCCCUGCAGUGUUUCAUCCACCCCUCCCCAGUGCGUUACCCCUCUCCUCCUCACCGCCAGGGCCAGUUGAAACCCUACUACCUGAUGAACGCUGCCUCCCUGCUGCCUGUCUUAGCCCUGGGGGUAGAGGAGGGGGACAGGGUCCUGGAUCUCUGCUCUGCUCCUGGAGGGAAGGCCUUGGCUAUACUACAGACUGCUGACCCAGCUCUGUUGUGUUGUAAUGAAAUGGACCCACACCGACGUGAUUGGCUGGCCAAAACCCUGGAAUCCUUCAUCCCCCAAUCGCUGAGCAGCAGAGUCACGGUGUCCAAUCAGGAUGGACGGAUCUUUGGGCAGAGUGAGGCCGGAAUGUAUGACAAGGUUCUACUGGAUGCUCCAUGUUCUAAUGAUCGUAGCUGGCUGUUCUCUGGUCCAGGAGGGGAGCAGCAUGGAGCUGUGAGGCUGAGGGAGAGGGCCAGGCUGCCCACACUACAGACACAACUGCUCAGGUCUGCGCUGGCUGCGGUGCGUCCGGGGGGCGUGGCCGUCUACUCCACCUGCACGUUGUCCCGCUCUGAGAACCAGGAAGUGGUGGAGGCGGUCCUAAACACCUGUCCAGGGGUGGAGCUUCAAGACCUGGAGGAGGAGCUAGCCCUUCCACUCCAGGAACACUUCACCUUCACCCCGUUAGGCCACACCCCCUCGUUAGGCCUCCUUGUUGUUCCACAGCAGGGUCAGACCUGGGGGCCCAUGUUCCUGUCGCGCAUCAAGAGGAUUCACUGAUUGGUUGAUUGACUCGCUGACUUCCUGUCGCGGAUCAAGAGGACGAACUGACUGAGCAUGUCAGACGCUGAGGCUGGUCUUCGAUGGAUUCCACAAUGCAACAUGUUUUCAUGUGACGGCCUGAUCAUCACUAUUAAUAAACUGGUCUCUAUUUAGCACCUGAUCAUCACUGUUAAUAAACUGGUCUCUAUUUAGCACCUGA